AUGUCGUCCUUCUUCGCCAAGCAACAGCAGGUCGCCGCCCUGGAUCCUCGCCUCGGCGGCCUCAUGGCCUCUGCUGGGCUUUACAAUCUCAAAGCACUGAUAAAGGCCAUACGAGCCUGCAAGACUCAAGCCGACGAGCGAGCGUUGAUCCAAAAGGAGUCAGCUCAGAUCCGGUCCUCUUUCAAGCAAGCCGAUCCGUUUGCUCUUCACAACAACAUUGCUAAACUGCUCUAUAUCCACAUGCUGGGCUAUCCAGCUCACUUUGGUCAGAUAGAGUGUCUCAAGUUGGUAGCUACGCCCAGGUUCACCGAUAAGCGUUUGGGAUACUUGGGCAUCAUGCUGCUGCUCGACGAGAACACCGAGGUGCUCACGCUUGUCACGAACGGCCUAAAGAACGACAUGGAGCACACCAACAUGUAUGUGGUCGGUCUAGCUCUUUGCACUUUCGCCAACAUCGCAUCGGAGGAAAUGUCUCGAGAUCUCUCAGAUGAAGUCAACAGGCUGAUGGGCAGCACCAACACCUACAUCCGCCGGAAAGCUGCUCUCUGCGCGAUGAGGAUUGUGCGCAAGGUGCCCGACCUGCUGGAAAACUUUACCGGGAGAGCCAGACAAUUUUUGUCCGAUAAGAAUCACGGUGUUUUGCUAUGCGGGGUUACCCUGGCCAUCGAAAUCUGUACGCAGAACGAAGAGGCUCUGGCAGAGUUCCGUUCGACUGUGCCGCUACUGGUCAGGCAUCUCAAAGCCUUGGUGACCACCGGCUACUCACCCGAGCACGACGUCAGCGGCAUCACCGAUCCAUUCCUGCAAUGCAAAAUCUUACGUCUUCUUCGUCUGCUCGGCAAGGGGGACGCCGCCGCCAGCGAAGCAAUGAACGACGUCCUUGCCCAAGUAGCUACCAACACCGAAGCGUCCAAGAAUGUCGGCAACUCCAUCCUUUACGAGACUGUCUUGACUGUGCUGGAAAUUGAAGCGGAGAAUGGUCUAAGGGUCAUGGCAAUCAACAUUCUUGGAAAGUUCUUGAGCAAUCGGGACAACAACAUCAGAUAUGUGGCGCUCAACACUUUGAACAAGGUCGUGUCGAUGGAUACAAACGCAGUUCAGAGGCAUCGCAACAUCAUCCUAGACUGCUUGCGCGAUGGUGACAUCUCCAUCAGGCGGCGGGCGCUUGAGCUAUCUUACGCACUCAUCAACGAAGCUAACGUGCGCGUACUGACACGGGAGCUCUUGGCAUUUUUGGAAGUAGCGGACAACGAAUUCAAGCUUGGCUUGACCACUCAAAUUUGCCUUGCUGCCGAGAGAUUUGCGCCCAAUCGCCGUUGGCACAUCGACACAGUCCUGCGCGUCCUCAAACUUGCAGGCAAUUACGUUCGCGAAGAGGUCCUCUCUUCUUUCAUUCGCCUCGUCUGCCAUACCCCCGAGUUGCACGGAUACACAGCUCAGAAACUGUUCACGGCGCUACACGCGGACUUCUCUCAGGAGAGUCUCACCUUGGCUGCGGUCUGGGUCAUUGGGGAGUUUGGAGAGAGCCUAUUGCAGGGAGGCACAUUUGACGAGGAGGAGGCGCCCAGAGAGCUCAAAGCAAAAGAUGUCCUCGAUCUGAUCACGUCUGUGCUCGACUCGCCGUACGCAAAUUCGCAUAUUCGGCAGUGGGUGCUGACCUCUUUGGCCAAACUCACCACGAGGGUUUCAGAUGCACAGCAGCAGGCUCGCGUGGAGGGCAUCCUAGCUAAUCACAACACUAGCGUAGAGGUGGAGAUACAACAGCGUGCGGUGGAAUUUAACGCUCUCUUGCGAAGGCAGGACAUCAGGGGUGGCGUGCUGGAACCGAUGCCACCUCCCGAGAUACGCGCUACGGUGGUAGGCACGGUCAGCGAAAAACGGGCAGUUGGAAGCACAAGGACGGACAAGGAUGCAUUGCUGGAUCUUAUGGGCGACGAGAUGCCUGCUGGAGCACCGACAUCUGCUGCACAUCAGACCACUGCCGCACCUCAACAGAGCGCGCAAGAUUUACUGGCGGACAUCUUCGGAGGGUUGGGAACGGACGACGGAGCUGCAGCGACUACAGCAGCUGCUUCACCUGCGCAACAAGCUAGCUCCAAGAGCUCCGUCAACGACAUCAUGGGUCUGUUCGGAGACUCACCAGCUGCCCCUUCACGCCCGGCGCCCUCUUCGAACGGUUUCGGUGGAUUGGGUGGGGCGUCGAGUCCUCCACCUGGUGCCGCGGCAAAUGACGGCUUGGCAGGACUGGACAUAUUCGGCGCUUCAGGCGGAAGUGGACUAUCUGGCCCGUCUCCCUCUACUCAGCCCGUGCAGCAAUCAAGGCCAGCGGCUGCCUCUCCCCCUCCCGCUAUGUCCGCGCCUGCACCAUCUGCGACGAAAGCCUACACAGCUUACGAUCAGAAUGGAUUGAGAAUCACCCUCACCCCGGCGGUCAACGCCGCUAGAAAGGAUAUCGUCAACAUCACAGCUAGAUUCGAAGCUUUGAGCGGUGAGGUAGAAGGCGUCAACUUCCAGGCGGCCGUUCCGAAGUCACAAAAGCUGCAGAUGCUCGCGAUCAGCAACAGCACUAUAGCGCCUGGCAGGGUGGAAACACAGCAGCUUCGAGUAAUGACACCAGUGGGGGCACAGGUCCGAUUGAGACUCAGAGUAGGUUUCUCGAAAGCUGGACAGCAAGUUCAAGAUCAGGUCGACUUUUCGGGUUUUCCUGCAGAUCUCACCUCCGCCUGA